GCAACUACAGCAUCACAGAGAGACGUAGAGAUCACUUUGGAGUAUGCAAUGCAACAGGACAAAGAGCUCGACAGGGUAGCUCACGCUAACUACCUCACGGAGUCCUUGAGAAGUUUACCGGCAUCUAUGAGAGUACUAGACGCAUCACGCCCUUGGCUUAUUUACUGGUCCUUGCAUAGUUUACUCACACUAGGUAUAUCACUCGAUAGCGCAUCUAAAUCGAGAGCUCUUAACACUUUAUUAAAAUGCCAGAACUCUACUGGCGGUUUCGGUGGUGGACCAGGUCAAAUCAGCCAUAUCCUUACCACAUACGCCUCUAUCAUGAGUUUCGUAAUCGCUGGUGGACCAGGUUCGGGCAACGGCUGGGAAGAUAUCGAUAGGAAAGGUAUAUAUAACUUCCUUAUCAGAAUGAAACAGAAAGAUGGUAGUUUUAUCGUCCACGAAGGUGGUGAAGUUGAUGUUAGAGGUUGCUAUUGUGCACUCACAGUUGCUACCUUGCUGGAUAUACUUACACCUGAGUUACUCGAGAAUGUCGAUACUUUUGUUUCUAGUUGCCAGACGUACGAAGGUGGAUUCGCAGCUUGUAGCCAAAAUGGUUCUCAAUUUGGUGAAGCUCAUGGUGGAUAUACAAGCUGUGCUUUGAGUGCACUUACCAUGGUCGACUCCACACGUUCGACGAAGCUACAGACACGAUUCGACCUUGAUGCUCUCAUACGCUGGAGCGUACACAUGCAAGGACUGGAAUCUGAACUGGGAGGGUUUAGAGGGCGUACGAACAAACUAGUCGAUGGUUGCUACAGUUGGUGGCUUGGUGGAUCUUUCAACCUGCUCGAGUACUGGCAGCAGGGCGUCGAUUCGACUGUGGAUGAUGACGAUGAUAGCUGGAUUGAUGAAGAGACCUGUUUGUAUGACAGGGAAGCAUUGCAAGGCUAUAUCUUGAAUGCUGCACAGACUCCAAAAGGUGGCUUGCGGGACAAGCCAGGAAAGAACGCUGAUACAUACCAUACCGCAUACAACCUCUCUGGAUUGAGCGCUUCACAGCACUAUAUCAAAUAUGAGCCCGACAGAGCCCAAGAAAUAGCUAUAGACUUUAAAGAAAAUACCGAUGAUAGUAUACCCGAAUUAGAAAAUGCUAGACGCUUAGAUAUCCGCAAGUACGCGUACGCUAGCGCUAUGGCAUGGAUGCCAAACAAAGCUGCCAAGAGCGUACGUGGGGGUGGGUCGAACAUAACAAACCCGACACACCCUGUAUUCAACUUGACAAUGUCAAAGUCAUCGGCGGCAUUAAAAUAUUUUUACAGACAGUAAAACAUCGAUUAAUUUGUUGACUCACUUU